AUGCUCGUUAAGGUGAAGACGGUAAGCAACAAGGUGAUUGAGGUCGCAUCGCUCAAUGAAGAGAACACCAUCGCGGAGCUCAAGGAGAAGUUGGAGGAAUCAGAGGGCAUUCCGGGAAAGAUGAUACGGCUUGUGUACCAGGGGAAGCAGUUGGAGGAUGGAAAACGUAUUAAGGAAUACCCCAUCGCAGCAGGCGCAACUCUGCACAUGGUGGUGGCACUGCGCGCCGGAACGUGA